AUCUGUUGAAGCAAACAGAUCACUGAUUAAUUAUUACUUGCAGAAUACUGAAAGAGAUCGAAGGCUUGCAAAUUGAAUUGCUGGAACUGAAAAAACAAGCUUCCUCACAAAAGAAACUUGUUAAAGAUGUUAGUCACACAGUUUCUUUAACAUUUCCGUCUGAGGAAAUUAGGGAAUCCAUGCUUGAAGAAGCUCCAAACAUACUCGAAACCCGUACGGAAAAUAUUUUGGAAAUGUUGGAUACACUUAUCUCAGAGCACAGGCUCGAUGAUGCUCUAACUCUACUGAAAAUGGAAGAUGAGUUUAUCCGAAAUUUAGAACAAUUUUCCUCGGAUGAGUUAAUGUCGUACAAUUCCACUAUAUCGGAGAAAAGGGCCAUAAUAGUCAAUCGAUUCACAUCCAUAGCAAAACACCCUCGUAUUUCCGCACCAGAGUUGCACAAAGCACUAUCCGGAUUGUGCCAGCUCAGCGAAAAUCGUCUCGCCACUCAGCUUAUGCUUCAAUAUUACGAUUCAAGUAUUUUAUCUCGUUUAUUCGAUCUGCAAUCCUCAAAAGAAUUUCGAGACGUGUUGUAUAUUCAAGAAUUAGCGAAAUUUAUAUGUUCGAUGAUUUCUCGAGGUGUAACGAGUUUCGUUGCCUUAAAUGGAGAAACUCAUCGUUAUCCUUCAGAAGUAACUCAGUGGGCCUCAGAGAAAAUCGAGAUAUUUGCUGCUUGUUUCAACGAGUACAUAAAAUCCAUAUCCGAUACAAGCAAUAGAAUGUCGACAGCUGUUGAUGCUGUGCAGAUUGCGGUAUCGUAUUGCUCUUUGCUCGAGACUCAAAGGAUCUUCCUCUUGCCAUAUUUAAAGGAGCUUAUUCGCCCUUGCAUGGAAGAAAUAUUGAAACUACAUAUCGACUAUUUGAGUGAAGUUACGAGUAUUUUCACAUCGAAUGAUAAUUGGGCUUUAGCCAGAUACUAUGCAUCAGGUAUUUUGACAUUAAGGAGUUACGCGAUUAUCGAUCAACAACCGGAAUAUUUCUUUCUCACUAACAGCGGCAGAAAAUUCGUAACAUUGUUCCAGUCAAUUGCAGAGGAUGUUUCACCUUUGAUUGCCCUUCAAAUGGAGAGUGCAGUUCUAAAAGGAAUAAUUGACCUAUUGACAGCAUAUAUCGUAAUUCUUGAAAGCGCGCUCACAGGUGAAACGGAAAUUUUGAGAAUCAAUUUGCCGGAAUCUCCAACUCAAGGAGUUUUUAUUUUAGCCAAUCUAUCAACAAUAAUCAGAUUCUGCUUCAGCGUUAUCAGAAAUAUGUUUGAUGAUACACAUCAGUUGGAUUUUGAGAUUGAUAAUCACGUGAUGUUCGUUGAAGAUAUUUAUAGGCGACUUAAAGCCUGCUUUCUUGGUCAGUUCGUAUCUAAUAUUUUCUCUUCGAACGUGGAUCAUGAAUCUGGUUCGGGAAUUUGCGUUAGCUGGGAUGGUGAUUCUAGAAUUCAUGACAUGAUUCCAUCUGUACCGUACCUGGAACUGUAUUUAGAGCUAAAGAAACUAGAAAAGCUCGCGGACGUCGACUCCAUUGAUGUGAAUUGGUUGAUAAAUCUGUUGAGGGAGGUUAUAGAUGCUGCAUUUGAAUGGUUAUUGAGCAAAUCCGAAAUAUGGAGGAUUAGUAAAGAUGAUUUGGCUGAUCAUCAGACCAAAUUCAUGCAGUUUAUUCUGGACUCUCAGUUUCUAGUGGAAAUUGCGAGAUGUGGCGGAUACUUGUCCGAUAAUGCAAUAACCAUCUCCGCAGAUAUCAUGUCUCGUCUUGAAGCUUAUACUACGAGAGAUGCAAGUGAUUGUGAGUGGCCAGCAAACGCAGCUACUCGAGCCCUUCACAAGUUGCAAGAACUUCAUGCAAAAGAAGAAUCACAAUACGAGGAUAACAGGAACGAAUCAGCACACAAAUUAUUGAUGAUAAAUGCCUCGGAAAUUGAAACAAACACUCGAGUAUCAAGUACAGAAGAAACUCUGGUUGAAGAACAAGUGGAUAUCCAAGAGCAGAAAACCUUAUCUAACAGCAAAGAAGUAACUGAGGAAGAGUCAUCCGAAAGAUCUGCAACCGAAUUUUAAAUAUAGCACAAAGUCCAUUCUUGUCAUCAGAAACUAUCCCAAUUUAAUUCCGUUUCCGAACAGUUAUCCUUUCCAUAAAUAGAACUAAACAGAUUAAAAUUUGGAAGGAGACGAAGGUACAUCAUUUCAUUACACCGUAAAAGGAUACCAUUUAUCACUAUUUUGUUGGGUAAAUACGGAUUCCAAACAGACUGUCGCGAUAUAAUCUGAGUCUUGAAUAGUUUACUGGCUAA